AUGCCAGACUCACCAAAAACUGUUCGCUUCGAGUGCACUGAACAGAUAAUAUUGCCAACUGGAACAAAAGUUCUGAUUUUGGACGGUUGGGUGAUUAGAGGGAGUCAGUUUAUAAAUGUGAAGAUCGUGGCUUCUACAGCGGAUUAUAAUAAUACUGAAGGGCUUUGUGGUACUUUUGAUGGUGAUAAAACAAAUGAACUCACAACAAGACAAGGAACAAUAUAUAGAGGAGCGUCACGGAAGCCAAACGAAUUCUCUUUAUCCUGGAGGGUACCUGUCGAUGAGUCGUUAUACCAGGGCUACUGUGGGACAGUGGACUCCACUUUUGAAAUAAAAAGCUACUGUGAUUGUAUGGAAGGCCAGACGGCAAUGUGUCAGGAGGGAAUGGACCUGAUGUAUUGUGUAGAAAUAGAGAAGAGAAGAGGACUACUGGGUGGGAAGAGAGGUAUUAAGAGAUUGACUCCUGACCUUGUGAGAGAUGCAGAGUCACCUCCAAGUCGUUGCACUACCGAUCAACCUCCUGAAGAAUUUGAAUAUGACCCAGAAUAUAAAUCUCCGGAUCCAUUGACUAACAUCACCGAACCUGAUGCUAAGAAGAUUUGUGAGGAUUUCAUGAAAUCUAAAGAAGCGGGAAAGGAAUGCAUGGAAGUUCCCGGCUUAGAUGUGACACCUAUUGUACAGGGUUGCAUAGCUGAUCUUCAAAUAACUGGUGACACAGACUGGGCGAAAGAAAGCUUGGACAAUUUACAAGAGGAAUGCAAGGUCAUUGUAGAGGGAUCAAAUACAACUAAUAUAACGAAUAUAAUAGGACUCAUCUGUCCGAACAGCUGCUUUGACAAUGGAAACUGUAAAGAGG